AUGAAGAAGUUUUUAAGAAUCGCUAACGCCCGCGCCUUUACCAACCCCACCGUCGGCCGGGGCAAGACGGUAUUCCCCAAAAAGGAGGCCGAGCUGGAACAACUCGGCGUCCGCUGGGACUACGACGGGGAAGUCACAACCAAGGGCACGGUCUACCAUAAGUUCCAGCUGCAGGCAAACGCUGGGAAAGUGCCCUCGACAAUCAAGCAGUGGAGGGAGGCGAACGGGGGCACUCACGCCGUCAUGGCUGAUGUGUUUGUGAAGAAGGACGGUACUAAGGAAGAUGUUGAAGAAGGCCUGCAAGCGGCUAUCGACCAGGUUCAGGGUACCUAG